AUGUUGCUUCUGAAACAGAGCUCAGCUGCUCUUCUUGUCGCUGGGAAUACAAGUCCAGUACUCCACAAUUCUCGCUUCACUUACUCGUCCCAGAGUUUCACCAUGUCAAAUUUGCACAAGCCUCUUACUUCUUCAUCUGGCAAAUUCAAUCCGGUUUUAGCCUGCAGCGCUUUAUCAGUGCCGUGUAGCUCUCAUGAGACUUCUCCUAUCAGUGAGGAUAAACAUGUCCAUGGAGUUUCUGAGAUAAUUGUGGGAGUGUUGGGGGGUGGACAAUUGGGUCGUAUGCUUUGCCAAGCUGCUUCUCAAAUGGCUAUCAAGGUGAAGAUUUUAGAUCCUUCAGAGAAUUGUUCAGCAAGUGCAUUGGCUUACAGUCACAUGGUCGAUAGCUUCGACGACAGUUCUACAGUAGAAGAAUUUGCAAAAAGAUGCGAUGUCUUGACCGUGGAAAUCGAACAUGUUGAUGUGGAAACAUUAGAAAAGCUUGAGAAAGAAGGAGUCGAUUGCCAACCAAAAGCUUCUACUAUCCGGAUUAUACAGGAUAAAUACAUGCAAAAAGUUCAUUUCUCUCAGCAUGGCAUCCCACUUCCAGAGUUUAUGGAGAUAAACGAUUUUGACGAUGCGAAAAGAGCAGGUGAACUUUUCGGUUACCCUCUUAUGAUCAAAAGCAAGCGAUUGGCUUAUGAUGGACGCGGAAAUGCAGUUGCAAAAAGCCAAGAUGGGCUUUCUUCUGCUGUAAUUGCUCUUGGAGGUACCAAUCGUGGUUUGUACGUCGAGAAAUGGGCACCCUUUGUCAAGGAGCUAGCUGUUAUAGUGGCUAGGGGAAGAGAUGGUUCCAUGGUUUGUUAUCCCGUUGUUGAAACCAUUCACAGGGAUAAUAUAUGCCAUAUAGUUAAAGCACCUGCAGAUGUGCCUUGGAAGAUCAACAAACUAGCGACUGAUGUUGCCCAAAAGGCUGUUGGUUCUUUAGAAGGCGCUGGGGUUUUUGCGGUCGAGCUGUUCUUGACAGAAGAUGGUCAGAUUCUGCUAAACGAAGUUGCGCCAAGACCACACAACAGUGGCCAUCAAACGAUCGAGUCAUGUUAUACUUCACAGUUUGAACAACACUUGAGGGCUGUGGUUGGUCUUCCGCUUGGUGAUUCGUCAAUGAGAACUCCAGCCUCCAUUAUGUACAAUAUUCUGGGUGAAGAUGAUGGCGAAGCUGGUUUUAAAUUGGCGCAUCGGCUUAUUGCAAGGGCUAUGUGUGUUCCAGGUGUAUCUGUUCAUUGGUAUGACAAGCCAGAAAUGAGAAAGCAGCGGAAGAUGGGCCACAUCACUCUUGUUGGGCGGUCUAUGGGUGUUUUGGAACAAAGGUUGCAUUGUAUAACUAGUGACCAAAGCCAUAAAGUAAAUGAGACACCUCGUGUUGGUAUCAUCAUGGGUUCAGACUCGGAUCUUCCUGUUAUGAAAGAUGCUGCCAAUAUUCUGGACAUGUUUGGUGUGGCGCAUGAGGUAAGGAUAGUAUCAGCUCAUCGCACCCCGCAGAUGAUGUUUUCAUAUGCAGCCUCAGCACAUACUCGAGGCGUUCAAGUCAUAAUCGCAGGUGCUGGUGGCGCUGCUCACUUACCAGGUAUGGUUGCUUCACUCACUCCUUUGCCCGUGAUUGGUGUCCCUGUACGUGCAACCCGGUUGGAUGGAGUUGAUUCACUUCUCUCCAUCGUUCAGAUGCCUAGGGGUGUUCCCGUUGCGACAGUUGCAAUAAACAAUGCGACCAACGCAGCCUUGCUUGCUGUCCGGAUGCUGGGAAUCUCUGAUCCUGAUCUCGUCUCAAGGAUGAGUCAGUACCAGGAGGAUAUGAGAGAAGAGAAUAUGGUUAAAGGAGAGAAACUUGAGAGAGAAGGUUGGGAAUUGUAUUUGAACCAGUGA